UAUUUUACAUCGGUCCAGUUCUUGCUGAACCUUCUAAUGAGCAAGACCGAUAAAAUAAAUUUCAAGUGAUAAUGGUAAAAUCAUCAGAUUUUAAAAGUGAUAUGAACUCAGUCUUGGUGUUUUUUGUCAAUGGAAAAAAGAUAGAGGACGACAAUGUAGAUCCUGAAUGCACUCUAUUGCAAUAUCUUAGAAACAAAUUAAGGUUAUGUGGUACCAAAUUGGGAUGUGGAGAAGGAGGAUGUGGGGCUUGCACUGUCAUGGUCUCGAAAUUUGACAGAAACCAGGUUAAAGUAAUUCAUCUACCGGUCAACGCGUGCCUAGCCCCGAUAUGCUCAAUGCACGGUCUAGCAGUAACAACAGUAGAAGGAAUAGGUUCCACGAAAACCAGGUUACAUCCAGUCCAGGAACGAAUCGCAAAAGCUCACGGGUCCCAAUGUGGCUUCUGCACACCAGGAAUUGUUAUGUCUAUGUAUACCCUGUUGAGAAGCUCUCCAAAACCCACCAUGAAGGAAAUGGAGGUAGCUUUCCAAGGCAACCUGUGUCGAUGUACGGGCUAUAGGCCAAUCAUCGAGGGAUUUAGGACAUUCACGGAAGAAUGGGAACGAAUACAAUCUGGAAAUCAGUUGUCCAACGGAGAUUGUGGUAUGGGGGACAAAUGCUGUAAAUUCCAAAACGGCGAGAUUAAGAAAAACGGAACUGAUGAUAGUGAAGAGGAAGAAAAAUUGUUUAAAACUAGCGAAUUUACUCCUUAUCACCCUUCUCAAGAGCCUAUUUUUCCACCAGAGCUAAGGCUAAUAGAGAAGUACGACACACAAAGCUUGGUGUUCAAAAGUAAGGAUAUGACUUGGUACCGCCCCACAAGGCUAAAGGAACUGCUGGAUCUGAAAAAGAAAUACCCAGAUGCUAAGUUAGUCGUGGGCAACACAGAAGUAGGCGUAGAGAUGAAGUUCAAACACAUGACUUACCCCGUCAUAAUUCAGCCGGUUCAAAUACCAGAACUCGUUAGUAUUACCCAGACGCAUUCCGGUGUUAAGAUAGGCGCAUCCGCUACAUUAGCAGACGUAGAGAGAUAUCUCAAGGUUCAAAUUAAAAAUGAGCCCGAACAUAAAACCAGGAUAUUCCAAGCGACAGUGGAAAUGUUAAAUUGGUUUGCUGGACUUCAAAUACGUAGUGUGGGGGCUUUAGGAAGCAACAUUAUGACGGGAAGUCCUAUAUCUGACAUGAUUCCCCUUCUAAUGGCUGCCAAAGCCGAGUUAGAAGUACAAAGCAAAGACCGCGGCAUAAGGAGGAUAACCUUAGAUGGUAAUUUCUUCGUGGGCUAUCGGAAGAGUGUGGUAGAACCAAAUGAAGUUUUGCUCUAUAUUAACAUACCAUUCUCGAAACCAGACCAAUAUUUCCAGGCGUACAAACAAGCUCGAAGGCGAGAGGAUGAUAUAGCAAUAGUUAACACUGCUGUUAAUGUAACAUUUCAACCAAAAUCUCAUAUCAUUGCCGAUAUUAGUCUCGCGUUCGGAGGAAUGUCUUUUAAAACAGUGACAGCUCCAAAAACUGAAGAGAAACUGAGAGGUUUGCCUUGGAAUAAAGAAACUUUAGAAAUUGCGUAUGCUUGCCUAUUAGGGGAUUUACCACUUCAUCCAGGAGCACCUGGAGGUAUGAUCCAAUACAGAAGAUCUUUGACGCUCAGCCUGUUUUUCAAAGCAUUCCUUGCUAUAUCCCAAAGACUCGAAGAAUACGUGACUGAUGUGAAACUGGAUCAGAGAGAUUUAAGCGGCAUCGACGGAUUUCAUUGUAAAGAGCUGAAAAGCUCCCAAUACUUCACGGUAGUGCCAAGUACCCAAAAAAAGACUGAUGGUUUGCAAAGGCCCAUGGUGCACAGAUCUGCCUAUAAACAGGCUACUGGAGAGGCAGUUUACUGCGACGACAUUCCUCGACAAGAAGGCGAACUCUAUUGCGCGUUCGUGCUGAGUACAAAACCUCAUGCAAAUAUAUUAAAAAUUGACGAAUCGGCAGCUUUGGCUAUGGAAGGAGUCCACGGAUUUGUUUAUUCCAAGGAUGUACCCCAUAAUAUGUGGGGUACCGUAGUGCACGAUGAAAAAGUUUUUUACUCAGACAAGGUUACCUCCCAGGGUCAAAUCGUUGCUUUAAUAGUGGCCGACAAUCAAAGUAUCGCACAAAAAGCGGCAAGGAAGGUUAAAAUUCAGUACCAAGAGUUGGAACCUGUCGUGAUUACUAUAGAGGAUGCUCUCGAACAUAAAUCUUUCUUUGGGGACCAUCACAAGGUAUUACAAAGAGGCGAUAUCGAAAAAGUGUUACAGGAGGCACCACACGUCGUUGAAGGGGAAUGCAGAAUUGGAGGGCAAGAGCACUUUUACUUGGAAACACAGGCUUGCCUGGUCGUACCGAAGAAAGAGGAUGACGAAAUGGAAAUUUUUUCAUCUACCCAACACCCAACUGAAAUAUCUAAACUAGUUGCCCAGGUUCUUGGGAUACAACAAAACAAAGUCAUCAGCAAAGUAAAAAGAAUAGGCGGAGGUUUUGGGGGCAAAGAAUCUAAAGCUGCCAUGUUAGCCAUACCGGUUGCAGUAGCUGCCAAAAAAUUCAACCGCCCCAUGAGGUGUAUGUUAGACAGAGAUGAAGAUAUAGUUAUGACCGGGCUACGACACCCUCUUUUGAUGAAGUACAAGGUAGCAUUUGAUGAAAAAGGCAAAAUUUUAGGCUGCGACGUAGAACUAUACUCCAAUUGUGGAUAUUCUCUUGAUUUGUCUAUAGGUGUAAUGGACAGAGUUAUGACACACGUCGAAAAUGCAUACUACAUACCGGUGAUAAGAGCGACGGGAUUUCUCUGUAAAACCAAUCUUCCGUCUAACACUGCAUUUAGAGGGUUUGGGGGACCCCAAGGCAUGUUAUUAACGGAGUGUAUGGCCCAACACAUUGCAGAUUUCUUGGAAAAAGACCCUGCGGAAAUUAGUGAACUGAAUUUGUACAAAGAAGGGGAUAGCACACACUACAACCAAAUAUUAACUAAUUGUACGAUUGACAAAUGCUGGAAAGAGUGUAUUACAUCUUCGGAUUACUAUAACAGAAGGAAUGAAAUAGAAAAAUUUAACAGGGAAAACCGUUAUAAAAAACGGGGUCUUAGCGUCAUACCCACAAAAUACGGCAUCGCUUUUGGCAUUUCGUUUCUAAACCAAGCUGGGGCUCUUGUCCUGGUGUACACCGAUGGGUCUGUGUUAUUAUCCCACGGUGGUAUUGAGAUGGGUCAGGGAAUUUACACGAAGAUGAUCCAAGUGGCAAGCAGAGUACUGGAAAUUCCAGUGGAAAAAAUUCAUACCAGCGAAACUGCUACAGAUAAAGUGCCAAAUACUUCGCCAACCGCCGCUAGUUCUGGGUCAGAUCUGAACGGAAUGGCAGUCAUGGAAGCCUGCAAGGUGAUUAAGGAAAGACUGAGACCUUACAAAGAAGCAGAUCCGAAAGGAACAUGGGAGAGUUGGGUGAACAAAGCAUAUUUCGAUAGGGUAAGCUUGUCGGCCACGGGAUUCUACAAGACUGACGUCGAUUUUGAUUGGAAUACUAAACAAGGCACACUUUUCAACUAUUUCACCUACGGGGUUGCUUGUACUGAGGUAGAAAUUGAUACUCUUACUGGAGACCACCAGGUGUUGAAAACUGACAUUGUUAUGGAUUUAGGUGAGAGUCUAAAUCCUGCUAUCGACAUAGGCCAGAUAGAGGGCGCCUUCAUGCAAGGUUAUGGUCUGUUCGUGCUGGAGGAAAUGGUGUAUUCUCCAGAAGGAACAGUUUUCACCAGAGGUCCUGGCACUUACAAACUACCCGGAUUUGCGGACAUACCUGUAGAAUUUAAUGUUUCCCUUUUAAAAGGAGUAUCCAAUCCUAGAGCUGUGUAUUCAUCUAAGGCUGUUGGGGAACCGCCUUUGUUUCUAGCAAGUUCCGUUCUGUAUGCUAUUAAGGACGCUAUUAAAGCAACGCGUGAAGAAAAUGGGAUUAAAAAGGAAUACUUUAGAUUCGACGCUCCCGCAACUUCGGCUAAUAUCAGGAUGGCAUGUCAAGAUUCGAUAACGUCGAAGAUAAAAGAGCCAGAACGUGGAACCUUUAAACCCUGGAACGUUGUAGUUUAGUUGUAGAGAAUUGGUAUUAAAGAAAUCCAUACUUUACAAGUUUAUUCCCAUACUAUCCACUAACAUUUCGCUAAUAUUUUACAAUGUUCAUCGAAGUCUUUUAAGUCGAUGUCCUUGGUUUUAUUUUGCUGAAUCAGAUAGGUAACUGCAGCUGAAAUAGGUACAAAAAAUGUCAAAUAUAUAUGUAAGUACAUACAAUAAAGUAUUUUUAAUACAAA